AUGGCCACGUUGUUUCCAGGACAUCAGCGUCCUGCACACACAUCAUACGCAACUCGGUCAAGAUCGACGGGGAUCCCCGCAUCCACCUUGUGGCGACGGGCCAAUAACAAGUCUUCCCUCGCUGAUAAAGCUGCCAGUCAGCAAUAUCUCACCCCGCACGAAGAGCAAGCGUUGCUUGAAUAUGUGUUGCGGUUGGCAGACAGCGGCUAUCCUCUUCUGGUCAAGUUUCUACGAUCGCUUGCCAUGGUCAUCAUGCGCCAACGGUCUUCAAUUUUCCAGACCAGAGGUCCUAGCCUGAAGGUUCGACCUCCGGGGAAAAAUUGGCCGCAAGGCUUUUAUCGACGACACCCGCAGUUAAGAGCGCGCCGGCUACGAGCGAUUGACUGGAAGCGAGAUGACUGGCAAAUUUGA